AUGGGUUCUCAGGUGCCUUUUCGUGUUUGGAAUUGGUGGCUCUUGCUAGUGGCCCUCAAGUGUUCUGAAGCUACCUCUGAUUUGAAUGAAUCCACUAAUGCCACUGCUCACCAUGAACAUAAUGUCCGAUUUGCUGCUGCCAGCUCAGAGCCAGAUGAGGAGAUAUCUGUUUUUGCACUGGAUUAUGACUACGUGCAAAUUCCUUAUGAGGUCACCCUCUGGAUACUUCUAGCAUCCCUCGCAAAAAUAGGCUUCCGCCUUUACCACCGACUGCCGGGCCUCGUGCCGGAGAGCUGCCUCCUCAUCAUUGUUGGGGUUCUGGUGGGCGCCAUCAUUUUUGGCACCGACCACAAAUCGCCUCCAGUCAUGGAUUCGAGCAUCUACUUCCUGUAUCUCCUUCCACCCAUCGUCCUGGAAGGUGGUUACUUCAUGCCCACCCGGCCUUUCUUUGAGAACAUUGGCUCCAUCCUCUGGUGGGCAGGCUUGGGGGCCCUGACCAACGCCUUCGGCAUUGGCCUUUCCCUCUACCUCAUCUGCCAGAUCGAGGCCUUUGGCCUCAGAGAUGUCACCCUGCUUCAGAACCUGGUUUUCGGCAGCAUGAUCUCCGCGGUGGACCCGGUGGCUGUCCUGGCUGUGUUCGAGGAGGCACGUGUGAAUGAGCAGCUGUAUAUGAUGAUCUUCGGGGAGGCCCUGCUCAAUGACGGCAUUACCGUGGUCUUAUACAACAUAUUAAUUGCCUUCACAAAGAUGCAUAAAUUUGAAGCCAUAGAACCUGUCGACAUUUUGGCUGGAUGUUCUCGAUUCAUUAUUGUGGGGGUUGGGGGAACAUUCUUCGGCAUUAUUUUUGGAUUCAUUUCUGCGUUUACCACACGUUUCACUCAGAAUAUCUCUGCAAUUGAACCGCUGAUCGUCUUCAUGUUCAGCUAUUUGUCUUACUUAGCUGCUGAGACACUCUAUCUGUCUGGCAUCCUGGCAAUCACUGCUUGUGCGAUGACUAUGAAUAAGUAUGUGGAAGAAAACGUAUCUCAAAAAUCCUACACAACCAUCAAGUAUUUCAUGAAGAUGCUGAGCAGUGUCAGCGAGACCCUGAUCUUCAUCUUCAUGGGCGUGUCCACCGUUGGGAAGAACCAUGAGUGGAACUGGGCCUUUGUCUGCUUCACCCUGGCCUUCUGCCAGAUCUGGCGAGCCAUCAGUGUAUUUGUUCUCUUCUAUGUCAGUAACCAGUUUCGGACUUUUCCUUUCUCCAUCAAGGACCAGUUCAUCAUUUUCUACAGUGGUGUUCGAGGAGCUGGAAGUUUUUCACUUGCGUUUUUGCUUCCUCUGUCUCUUUUUCCUAGGAAGAAAAUGUUUGUUACUGCUACUCUAAUAAUUAUAUACUUUACUGUAUUUAUUCAGGGAAUCACAAUUGGCCCUCUGGUCAGGUACCUGGAUGUUAAAAAGACCAAUAAAAAAGAAUCCAUCAACGAAGAGCUUCAUAUCCGUCUGAUGGAUCAUUUGAAGGCUGGAGUUGAAGAUGUGUGUGGGCACUGGAACCACUACCAAGUGAGAGACAAGUUUAAGAAGUUUGAUCAUAAAUAUUUACGGAAAAUCCUAAUCCGAAAGAACCUGCCCAAAUCAAGCAUCGUUUCUUUGUACAAGAAGCUGGAAAUGAAACAGGCUAUUGAGAUGGUGGAGACUGGGAUACUAAGUUCCACAGCCUUUUCCAUAUCUCAACAGGCCCACAGGAUACAAGAGAUCAAAAGGCUUUCCCCUGAAGAUGUGGAGUCUAUGAGAGACAUUCUGACACGCAACAUGUACCAAGUUCGACGAAGGACACUGUCCUACAACAAAUACAACCUCAAACCCCAAACAAGCGAGAAGCAAGCUAAAGAGAUCCUGAGCCGCCGCCAGAACGCCUUGCGGGAGAGCAUGAGGAAAGGCCAGAGCCUGCCAUGGGGAAGGCCGGCUGGUACCAAAAACAUCCGCUACCUCUCCUUUCCUUGUAACAAUUCUCUGCCAGUGAGAAGAGACACCAGGGCUGCUGAAUUCACAGAUAACGACAGCAAUGAUUCAGAACUCUCCUUGAUCAUGUUCAACGCACACUCUCGAACGAGGUCGUUUCAAGAAAGACAACUGACACAAGAAAUAAUCCCAAUGAAGAAUUUAAACAGAGGACGGAAGCCAUCCAGCUUUGACUAUCAAAGAAAAACAAGCCAAGAAGAGCGUAUUGGAGGGAGCCGAAGGGUUGCUCUAAGGCCCAAACCUCUAUUUCAUGUAGUAGAUGAGGAGUGUGAAUCUGAAGGGGAGAGCGGGGAAGAGGCCUCAGCGAAUGGGUCCGGAUGGUCCACUGAGCACAGACACAGAAGGGACUACCAUAGGUCCCACAGUCCUUUGCUCCAAAAAAAAUAG